AUGACAACCUAAAAUUUGCUAACGGUUGUUUUCAUAAAUGUACAUGCCCAAAAAGGGACUUGUUCUGAGCUGCUCAACCAAAAUCCUCCUCCCUGCCCAAUUCACUGCGUUGCUUGCACACACACACACACACACACAAUUUUACCCACACACACAGAUGCAGCCGUUAUCUCUAAUGCCUAAUUGCAAGAACAGGGCACAUGCCCUACCAAUAAAGGGGCAUGUGAGGGAAGGAAAUGGACACAAGCCACAAAACCCAGUUGCUCAGAAGCAACAACAAGUCAGGUUCUUGCACAGCUUCGCUCCACCUCUAAUGGCGGCAAUUGUAGCCUUAUCUCCAAUCUUCAAUCCACCAGUGUCACUUGGACAAACAAUAGAAGUACAAAAGGGAGCUUCAUUAUUUCGCCGAACUUGCAUUGGAUGUCAUGAUGCAGGCGGAAACAUAAUACAGCCUGGUGCAACACUCUUCUUGAAAGAUCUUCAAAGAAAUGGAGCUGACACAGAAGAGGAGAUUUAUCGCAUUACAUACUAUGGCAAGGGAAGGAUGCCGGGCUUUGGUGAGAACUGUACACCAAGGGGUCAGUGCACAUUUGGAGCACGUCUACAAGAAGAGGAGAUUAAACUUUUGGCCGAGUUUGUAAAGUCUCAAGCCGAUGAAGGUUGGACAAACAUAGGAAGUUCUGAAGAUUGAUUCCGGUAAGCAGAAAGUUGUGAAAGCUGCUUUAAUUGGUAAUUAAGCUGACUUUUACUAAGGGGAAUAUCUUCAAUGCACAUGCUUAAGUAGGUAUUGAUCAAUAACUGUAUAAACCUAUUAUGUAAAUGGCUUCCAUAAAAGGCAUUUUUGACACAAUAUGUCUCAACCAUAUGGACUAGUGAAACAUCAAAAUCAAGGUAGAGGUGAAAUUCAAUCUAUAUCUCCAGUAAAGGGAGAAGAAAAAUCCAUCACUGCAAAAUGGAACCAUUUAAGAAGAAAUUAGUAGUACCGACCUACUUUUAGGUUUAGAUAGUUGUUAUGAAAUUUGUAUUCACAAAGAAAGUAUGAAACACAAUUGAUGGAUUCAGUUUUUAGUUGGA